AUGCCUAUAACAGGAGUCUACUUCAUCCCCUCCAAUCCAAAUGCAUCCACAGGGCUAGCCACAAUCACAGAGCGCCUACAUACAGCCCUGGCAGACGAACCAACAUUAGUAGGCCGUUGGUUCCUCGAACACAGGCUAAUGCGCGAUACACCAUCAUGUGUUCCAGCCUCAGCAUCUCAGCGCCAAGUUCAACCGCGCUAUAUGCAAUUCCUAUCACUGUCUUUUCACUCCAAUCACGGCUUCAUCUACACCUCUGAAGCACUAGAAAAAACCACUCACCACACGGCAACCGGUGUUAAUACCACGCCAGCUGGCUCACCCACCAACACUACUCCUCAAAGUGGAGCUCCAGGCGCAACAGCGCCCACCCCUUCCACCCCAUCUAAUGCCGCUGCACCGUCAGGAGGACCAAUGGUCAUGACCACCGUGCCGCUUCCAUCCUGUAAUGCUCUUUUCCAGCACUUCGGCUACGCCUGCCAGCCUUUCUGGUGCCAUCGACACACGGUCACCGUACCAGGCGGCGUGGUCUACGAUGUGGGUGAUUUUCGGGUUCGAGUGGGUGAUGUGCGACAGACUCAGCCAGCAGCGAGGGUGCGCGGAACAGUUGUGGAGAUUGAAUGGCGGGGUCCCUGUAUAGUCGAUUCGAUUUCAGCACCACGGAAUCCGAGCGAUGGGCAAAUAGCUGAUGAUGACGACUCCGGGAUUGAUAUGGCGUUCCCGGAUGCUAUCGAAGAUGCGGAUAUUGAUGCCGAGUAUGCAGCCAGUGCGGCGUUGAUCCGGGAAUUCUGGGCGAGGCUGGGCAUUGAGGGGGCCAGGGAAGCUAUCUUAUUGCCGGAUGUGGGGAAGGAAGCUAAGGAUCGGUUGAGAAGGUUGAAACAGAAGGGCAGACAUACUGUUUCUGACGAAGCAAACCUACAGCAAGCGGAUGAGGAUCCGGAUCCGGAUGCGGGUGUGGAUGUGGCGAGGCAGUUCAUGGAGAUAUUUAGGUUCAACCGGUAA